UUUGACCACAAAAGCUUGCUUUGGCCUUAUGACUGUCUUAUGUCUUCACUUGUCUGGCUCUGUUUUUAUCUUUGGAUUUUUAUCUCUGGAUCGGUUCAGACCAGAGUUCAGCCAGGCCCCUCCUGUGGAACAGCAACAAGAAGAAGCAAGGUGAACCUGUGUGGUCACCAGGCAGCCCAGGGCUUUGGGAUGCACAUGUCCUGCCUCUGCUCCCAGUGUCUUCCCUGUAGCUCCUCCAGGGAUGCCUUCACACUCAGCGCCAGGGAGAGUACCGAAGACCUCACAGAGCCCCCAGCAGCCCUGCUGCUGCCUCCAUGAUGCUGAAGGCCGACCCUGGCUCUCUUCGGCUUUCCUGUGGUAUCCGCAUAGCAGCCUCUACAGCCAGAAUGGCUUGGGGGUGGCAACGCUGAGCACGCUCUAUAGCGCUGUGCUACUGUCCUCCAUGUUCCUCCCGCCCAUCCUCAUCAAGAAGUGUGGCUGCAAGUGGACCAUUGCCGGCUCCAUGUGCUGCUAUGUGGCCUUCUCCCUGGGCAGCUUCCACGCCAGCUGGUACACCCUGAUCCCAACCUCCAUCCUCCUGGGUCUGGGUGCUGCUCCCCUAUGGUCAGCUCACUGCACCUACCUCACCAUCAUGGGAAAUUCUGAAGCACAGAAAUCAGGGAAGCUCAGCAAGGAUGUGGUGAACCAGUAUUUUGGCAUCUUCUUCCUCAUAUUCCAGUCAUCUGGAGUGUGGGGAAACCUGAUUUCCUCUCUGGUGUUUGCCCAGACACCCACUCAAG